AUGGUUUUGCCAAACGAUGUUGAUUUGCUUAAUCCCCCAGAUGAGUUGGCGAAGAGGAAUCAAAAGCUCAAACGACUUGUUCAAUCUCCAAACUCUUUCUUCAUGGAUUUUAAGUGCCAGAAGCUGCUUCGGUGCUAUUACUUAAAACGUUACAAGGGUAUUUUAGUCAAGUGCAUAGUUGGCAGAGAUUCAAUUUGUAUGGACGGUACUUGGGUUUUUUUAUCAUCAGAAGAUGGUUAUAUAGACUUUUUAUUAAAGGGCAUUUUGGCCAGGUAUCUUCAAGAUGCUCGUCUUGUUGUGUCCGAGGUCUCGUCUGUUCAUCUUGUUGUUUUCGAGGUACGGUCUGAGUCAGCCUUGACUUUGCGUGCACUGGCGGAGAUUGAUCCGACAUGUGUUGGUGGUUUGGUCAAUUAUGGGAUCACUACAUUGAAGGCACUAAGAGAAAAUGUGUCAUUUGAGAAGGAAGAUUCUUUUUGUAAAAGAGCUGCAAGGAAGUUGCUUUUGGAGUUCAAAUCUGAUAGUUUCUCAAAGGCAACUGUAUCUGAUGGAACUAUUAUUAUAGUGUUAGGUGAUGCACAAACUUGCUACAUUGUAAAUGUUGUGAGGGAGGAGAAUGAGAAGGCUGUGAGGUUGCCACCUAGCAUCUCAAUUGAAAUCUAUCAGGAGAUUAAAGAAUCCGUGCAGUCAGAUUCCAGGAAUUUAAGGCAAGAAUAUCAUAAAAUUACUGAUAUAUCCCUGGUGACCACAAGCCACCACCGGAGGACCACCGUUGAACACCCCCAAAAUCCGGUGGCCACUACCCACAGAACAGUGACCACCAGCCACCACCGGAAGACCACCGUUGAAGCCAACCCGGAGAAAUCCCGCUACCACUGCAAAUCUGCAAUCCACUUCAGGUGCAAACUUGUAAAGAGUGGGCACAAACUUGCAGAGACUAGGGUUAGAGCAACGGUUGCAAGAGAUGAGUUCAAAAGAAGAAGAAACAAGGCUGUAACUAAAGUUCAGGUUGAUCUUGAAUAA